AAACAAUGUGGAACGGAUAAGAUCUGAUGGAUUUUAUAUAAAAAGAGUAGGAGGAAGCUUAUGGCUCAUAGAGUUCUUCUGCGUGUUCCACAAUGAAAGGCUCACUUUUGGUUCUUGUUGUUGGCAUUGCCUGUGUGCUUGGCUACCCAGUUGAAGAUGCUGCGCCCGAAGAGCAGUGGGAAUUGAUUCCCACUGCCGACGGAUACUUCCGUUUGAUCAACGUCAAGGAUGCCGAAUUUCAAGCAUCCCUUGAGGAGAGAGCUGACUUUGACGUGAAAUUCUUCCUAUUCACAAAGUCAAAUCCAUCCAGCUCCCAACAAAUCAUCACCGGAGAUUCCGGCUCGCUGACCAACUCCUACUUCAGUGCCAGCCGUCCAACCAGGAUUAUCAUUCAUGGAUGGCGUAAUGAUGCCAGUUCAGAAGUAGGAAGUGUCGUUCGCACAGGUUAUUUGAACCGUGGUGACUUCAAUGUAAUCGUUGUCGACUGGGGAGCAGGUGCAGGAAGUUUGAACUACGUUACUGCCAAAAACAACGUUCCUGACGCUGGCAAGAAAGUUGCUGCUUUCAUUAACUUCCUGAAUGCGCAUGGUGCUUCAUCGAAUAACAUCUACUUGAUUGGCCACAGUUUGGGUGCUCACGUUAGCGGUUUUGCUGGUAAGAAUGCCAACUCAAAGCCAAACACCAUCUUUGGACUGGAUGCUGCCCUUCCAUUGUUCAGCGCUAGCGAUUCUAGCACUCGAUUAGCUGUUGGCGAUGCCGGUUACGUUGAAACCAUCCACACAGAUGGUGGACGUCUUGGAUUCGACUCUCCUAUUGGCACAUCCUCCUUCUACCCAGCUUGGGGUGGCGUACAACCUGGAUGUGGUCUUGACGUGGCGGGAUCUUGCUCUCAUAGCCGAUCUUAUCAAUACUUUGCAGAAUCAUUGCAAGCCAACAAUCAAUUCUUGGGACAGAACUGUGGCGAUUGGAAUAACCUUAAAAAUAAAGUAUGCACAGGGGGCAUUAGCCUUAUGGGUGGAGAACCAUCUAAUCAUAGCAUUGCUGGUGUUUUCUACGUACCUGUUAACUCAGCGUACCCCUAUGCCACUGGAAAAGUUUGAGGAAUUUUCAAUUUGGCUGUUAUAAAAUGGAUCGAAUAAAGCUUGAGGAACAAAAUUUAUUAAUUUUA